AUGAUAGAUGAUAAUGUAGGUAGUGUUCUUGAUCCUCAAGAAAAUGUGCAAGAUGAUAAUGAAGUUAUUAUUCCCAAUCUACAAGAAAAUGUGCAAGUUGAUGAUGUUAGAGGUUAUUUGUGUUAUGUAGAAAAUGUACAAGAUGGUGUUACUGGGAGUUCUUCGUUUUCUCAAGAAAAUGUACAAAAUGGUCCAAGAUGGUACUUUUCGAGGAAGGAAUUGGAAGAAAACUCACCAUCGAGAAAGGACAACAUAGAUUGGAAUUCAGAAAACAUGUUACGCAAAUCAUACAGUGAUUUUUUACAAGAGAUGGGUAGGAGACUUGUUUUACCCCAAAUGACUAUAGCAACUGCAUUGGUGUUUUGUCACCGAUUUUUUUUGCGACAGUCCCAUGCAAAGAACGAUUGGGAGAUUGUUGCAAUUGCAUGCAUAUUUCUUGCUGGCAAGGUUGAGAGCACCAUUAACUGGCUACAAGAUGUUAUCAUGGUUGGACGUGGAGUCAAGCUUGGGGUUGAUGAAAAGACCCUGCAUCGAGAAAAAUUGUGUACUAAGGAGUAUGAAGAUUUGAUUUUGUUGGCAGAGAAGCUUGUUCUUGUGACUAUUGAUUUUGAGAUUGAUGUGGCUCAUCCUUAUAGGCCUCUUAGUGUGGCAAUAGAUAAACUCGAUGUUAGUAUUGAGAGUAAAAGUCUUCUCACUCAAGUCGCAUAUCAUUUGGUGAAUGAUGGCCUUCGGUCAUGGCUUUGUUUGCAAUUCAAGCCUCAUCAGAUUGCGGCUGGAGUCAUGUUUCUUGCUGCUAGGGGUCUCGAGAUGAAACUAAACCCAUCAGAUUGGUGGUGUUGGCCAGAGUUAGAUGUCAAUGAAGAACAACUAAAGGAAAUGAGUGAUCACUUGUUGGAGCUGGAUAAACAAAGUUCGACUCCUCGAUUCAAUCACAACCUUGAGUGUGAAACUAUAAGCACAAAUGGUCUAAGAGUGGAUGAUAAAAAUUGA